AUGGCAGCGGGAAAAGUACAGUACGCUUAUUUACACGCUGGGCGUGGAUCCAUGAGAUCAACAAUGAAGACGCCAUCCGAAGCAGGUGAAUUUACGGAUAAUAAUCUUGCGCUACUGCGGAAAGUGGCAAAACGGCUGAAAAGUGCACUACUUCGAAAUAAGGAUCUGAAAAAAGAGAAAUAUCAAAGGUAUUAUCAAAAAUGCAAGACAUUAACGGAGGAUCUAGGGAAGCAGGCAAUAGAAGCACUAGACUCAGGCCAAACUUCGGCAUUCGAAGAUAUCGCCAACGCAGUACAUGAAGCGUCGGCGAUCAUAACGGAAUGCGAUGAACUAUUGGGGGUUAAUGAAGUCAGCGUGGGAGCAAAAACACCAGCAUAUAGCCGUAAUGGGUCCAGACAGCUGGAUGAGUGGGUUGCAUUUCCAGAAGAAGGGGAACAUAUGACAACUGCACAUUUUGGGUAUGAAAAUCAUGAUAACAGGACACAAGGUAAACGCAAAAGUUAUAUCGACAAUGAUGAGUACACAAAACCAACACGACAAGACAGCAACAUACCGUCAGCGAUGGUCAUAUUGCCAAAAAAUGCUACAUAUUCAAAAUCACAUUCAUCAGAAGCACCAAAUUAUGACCAAAAUGAUGAUAAUGAAAGCAAACAUGGUAGUAAGCAUGGGACAGGUAGUGUAUGCAGUGCUGGUAGGGCACGGUCAAUAGUCGCUGAAGGAUCUCGGAAAGAUAAAAAUGUUCAAAAACAACGCAAUCGCCGAACAUAUGACGAACAGUCUGAUGUAGUAGAUAUCGGAUACGAAACUAACAUAGAUGAUGCCUUUCAUCAGGUAAAACCAUCAUGGAGCGAGGAUAGGGCAUGGAGAGAUUCAAUGGAAGGUGUUCAUGUGCGUCACAACGAUAUCGGACAUAAUGCACCACGGUCAGAACUGAGACAUAGAAGACACACGCCAACUGGCGAUGACGUUACUCAUAACGCAACUCGCAGCCAGGCAUUCGAUAGAAGAGAAAGUAGACAGGAACUAAACGAUAAUGACUAUAUGCCAUCCAACUCACGUGUGGAAGCAUCGCAGGUUGGCAGCCACUAUGGAGAUGUGGAUGUAGCGGAAGAAACACGCAAAAAUCAGGUAAAAGAUUAUGAGACCUACAGUGCUCUUCUAGAACGCUGUCUCACCAAAAUGGACUGCCGGCAACUUGCAAGCAAACUCAAACAUUUACACUUGCAUGAAAAAAUCACUUUGUGCGAAUGGUUUGUCAAAAGAAGUGAUGUCGAGGAAGUUGAUCCUAUAUGGGAAACUAACAAGAAGGAACGAGAAGGAAAGAGGAACACAAUACAACGAUUGACUACAACAUCAGAAUCAGCGCCAGGGGAUGAUACACAGGCACCCGAACCUUUGUGGAGGGUCAAGGAAGAUGGAGGGGUCUCUGCUUACCUUGGCAAUUACCUUGCCAAGGGAGACCCCCUAUUCAUUGGUAUACACUUCACAGCGUACCUUAGCAUACGUACUUUGCCACGAUCAACGGCCGUGGAUGCUCAUGUAGAAGUGCAACGUAACCUUCAGAACCUCGAUAUAUUCAUAGGUUUGCUAGGGUCAGAUGCAGAAGCUGUGCAGGUACUCAAUAGGACCUCAACUACUUUGACAUUUAGGUGCAAACCUGAUACUUGGUCAAACUCUAUGCCAUCACUGAUAGUGAAUCUGAUAGAAUCCGAUGGCACUAAACGUGAAAUCUUGCUCAAAAUGCCGAUUGGACCAUUCAGCCUGCUUCGACCCGCAGAUAUACCUCAAAAGGAAUUAGAACGUAUUAUGGAAAACGAAGGAAAGAUUGGUUUCUACACGAUACAUAAAUCGUUUGUGCCAAAGAAUAAACUACAAAUGUACGAUCUUCUAGCAGUGUUGUCUAGGUACUUCGCUGUCAAGAAAACAAAUACCAAACAAACACUGUCUGCACUGGACGCCAACAGAGAUGUGUUGGUAGCGUCACUACGAACCAGUGGAAACAUGUUCAUAUUAGAUAUGUGGAGUCCAAACGAGAAGACUCUGGCGAGCGCAGCACUUUACAUCAAAGAGAUCGCAGGUGCUUUGUCAUCGGAAGUGGACCCUAAGGCUUCCAAUCGUGCCUUGCGUACGAUAAGCUCAUUCCCACUGGAGUUCGCACAACGAAAAUAA